ACCAAGUUCAUGUGUGAAGUCAACGCCAUCUAGACCAAUCUACACUUCACUUACACUAUGUAAAUACAACCUGCUUGUAGAGGCUUGUAGAUGUCGAAAGUGGAAAGCGCGUUGUGCCACAAAGUUUGUGGCUGUAUUUAUGUGCGAGCGUUGUUCCUCUUUCGUAUAACCUCAAUGUGUUCUUCAAAUAGAAGCAUAAGUGUUUUUUGAUUACAUUAAAGAUAAGAGUAUACUGGUUUUGUAUAUAUUCUGUUUUUAUGGUAUGGAAGUUACUGUUGAACAUUCUAUCCCACUAGAUAUAUUGGACGAUUUGUGCAGCCGUUUUAUCAUAAAUGUACCUGAGGAAGAGAGAAAAGAUCUUGUGAGGAUUUGCUUUCAAAUUGAACUGGCACAUUGGUUUUAUUUGGAUUUCUAUUGUGCUGAGGGAAACAAUUUGAAGCCAUGCGGUAUGAAAGAAUUCACUGCGCAUAUUUUUCAGCGUAUUUCAUAUCUGAAGCCCCAUCUGCAAAGUCUUGAUUCUGUUCUGGAACAGUGGAGAGAAUAUAAACAAUCAGUGCCAACAUAUGGGGCAAUUCUUUUGAAUGAAGAUCUUUCCCAGGUGCUGUUGGUUCAGAGUUAUUGGGCCAAGUCGUCAUGGGGAUUUCCAAAAGGGAAAGUUAAUGAGGAGGAAGAUCCUUGUCACUGUGCUGUCAGAGAGGUUCUCGAAGAAACUGGUUUUGAUAUCAGUAAAUUUAUAGACAAGAAUGAAUAUAUUGAAUCAACCAUAAAUGAUCAACUAGUAAGACUAUAUAUUAUUACGGGAAUUCAAAAGGACACAAAGUUUCAACCCCGUACACGUAAUGAAAUAAAGAGCGUUGAGUGGUUUACAAUUGCUGAUUUGCCUGCAAAUAAAAAAGACAUGACUCCUAAAGUGAAAAUAGGAGUUGGUCCAAAUUCAUUUUUUAUGGUUGUGCCAUUUAUUAAACGUUUGAAGAAAUGGAUAUUUGAUAAGCAACAAAAGAAGAUUCAGGGUACAAGACGUCAUCGUCAUAAGUCAGUUGGAGAAGUUGAAACAAGUCAACCCAAAACUAGAAAACAGCAAAUGCAUUUUUCUCAAGUUAUUCAGGUUGAAGUACAAGCAGUUCAAUUAAUGCGACAACAAAAAGCAAACACAUCUCCUCCUCGAAAUGUACGAAGACAAGAAAAUAACAGAACUCAUAAAGCUACUUUCAAGAGGCAAUUAUUUCAGGAUGAUGACAAAUUGGUAAAUAAGAGUUCGCAACCCAGUGCCAACAAGAAUUGUCUGCCUGCACAUGAAAAACUCACUUAUACGUCAAGUGAUUUACGUUUCUCUGCCUCAGCAUGGCUAAACUUUCAGUUUGAUUACCAAGCUAUCAUUAGCUGUUUUAACUAAUUACAGUUUCAAGUUGUAGAAUCUGUAAGUAUCAAAUUGUCUUAUAGAAUACAUUAUUGUAAAUGCAUUUGAAUAUUUUGCAUUUACUAUUUAUAAUGUGAAUUUUUUAUUUUUAUAUAAAAACAUAAAUAUCUAAAAAUGUAUUUAUUAAUUGCACGCUGAAAGAUGUAUUAAAUCUUACCUGGAAGAUUUGAUAUGUUAGCCAAAAUAAACUGUCUUAUUUUUUAAUAUAAAUUGUUUGUGCUACCAACUAUUUCUAUGUUAUGCGUUGGAAUGCUUUUAUAUUUUUUUGUCACAUGCUCAAAUAUAUAAAUGCAGAAGUUAUAUUAUAGAAAGUGGUCACUAGUCAUCUUUAUUAUGGGAAUGUCAAAAUAAGUUUUAACACUGGUUAAUUUUUUAAAGAUUUCUUGUGUUAAUAAAAAAAAUUGGAAGGAAAAAAUAACUGCAAUCUUAAACUAAAAAACAUGAAAUAUGUCAAAAUAAUUAAAGAGUGAUUUAUAACAAUUAUAUUCAUUAGUAGUGAUAAGAAUGAGCUUUCAUGCAUUUGUUAAUGAAAAACAAAACUUCGCAAAUUAUUUGGUGUUGAGGUUAUUGAAAGGUUGUUGUUCCCAUUACCUGAUAUUUGGUGUUUACAUGACAAAGAAAUAGUCACUUGUUAGACUUUGUUGGUAUGUAGAUCUGCCCUUUGAAAUGGUAAUUUAUUUGGUAUCAAUUUAUUUUAUGUUUUCAAAAUAACAAAAGUGCUUUUUCCAUUAAUAGUGAAACUAAAGAAUUCAAGAUUAAUUGUAAAUUUCAAGAUAUUUAUGUAAGUUUCAAUUAUUUUUAAAGAUAUAGAAAAUUCAAUGGAUUUGAUCUCAUUUUUUUGAAACCUGAGUCUUAUUAAACUAAUUUAUUGUUACUGCAGAUAUCGUAUGUAGAAACGGUGCUAGUUGGUAUUGGUAUGUGUGAGAACAGAGAUAGUUUUGUUUUUUCUGUUGAGAAAUCAAUUUGUUUUAUUUGGAAAAUCUGUUACAUAUUUUGACAGGUUUCUGCUGGAGACAAAGUAUAAUUCAUAUUGACUCAUUAUUUCAUAUAUAGUACGAGUACUUUGUUUUAUGCAAAGAGCACAAAAAUCAACCUGUUGUACAGUAUUUUUGUAACUGAAGUGAAAUAAAUGUUUUACUAAUUGAUUGUUCUGU